AUGAUGCAGAUGAGGUUGUUGAAUUUACGUAAUCUCACUAGAAGGCCUUUUACUACCGCAAACGAUAUUUCAGAUAUUUCCAAGGCGAGAAUAGACAAAUUUAAAAAUCAAACUCAUGAACUGAUAGAGCAGGUAGCUGAGUACCACAAAAAUAUUGCAUCAAUAAAUGUAAAGCCAGACGCCAAAAGAAAUUUUUUAAGGAAAUUGGUGUCUUCAACUCCUCCUGCUGAGCCUGUGGGAUGGGAAACUAUUCAAGCUCAAAUAAAAGACAUCAUUAUACCCAAUAACUCUCAUUGGCAGCAUCCAAUGUAUAUGUCGUGGUUUCCUUCAAUAUCAACUUGGCCAGCUAUCCAAGGAGAAAUUUUAUCUAGGUCUAUUAACGCGAUAGGCUUUUCAUGGGAUUCUUCUCCUCUGCAGACCGAAUUGGAACUCUUAUGUGCCGAUUGGUAUGCACAGAUGAUGGGAUUCCCUGAUUACUUUUUGCAUGAAAAAAGCCCUGGAGGAGGGAUGGCUAUGACAUCUGCUGGGGAUUCAGUUCUUAAUCUCUUGAUUGUAGCGCGACAUAGAAGAAAUGCCAAAAAACCAGUUAUUUAUGUCUCUGAUCAAACACACGUACACAUAAGCAAGUGCGCAAAAGCUUUGGGAUAUGAAACCAGAGUAAUCCCUAGCUAUUUUGAUGAAAUUUCUCAAAAUUAUCCUAUGAAUGUAAGCUUGCUGCCUCUAGCAAUCAAAAAAGAUAUAGAGGCAGGACUUGACCCAAUUUUUGCUUGUGGGACUUUUGGAACGACAAACUCCACAGCAAUUGACCCAAUUCAGCAAAUCGGACAAAUUUGUAAAGAAAAUAACAUGUGGUUGCAUAUUGAUGCAGCUUAUGCUGGAUCAGCACUAGUUUGUCCAGAAUUCAGACAUUUAUUCAAAGGAGUUGAAUAUGCUGACUCUAUAGUUGUUAACGCCUCGAAGUGGAUGGGGUUAGGAUUUUGUGCUUCUUAUAUGUUUAUAAGAGACAAAAAGUGGCUUGGCGACUGUUUUACAAUGGAUCCUGACUAUUUGAGGAAAUCUGAUGACAUUGAUUUAGGAUCUCUUCAGUUAGCUUUUGGAAGAGAUAAUAGAGCCCUUAGAAUGUUCUUUUAUGUUUCACAGUACGGUGUCAGCGGCGUUCAAUCUAUGAUUAGAAAACACGUAGAACUAGCCAAAAUUUUAGAAAACCUCAUAAAAAAUGAUGAUAGGUUUGAAUUUUGUACUAAGAGAGAGUUCGCACUGCUUGUGUUUAGAAUGAAAGGAGAUGACCAAAAAACAACUGAACUAAUUGGCAAGCUGAAAGAAAGGAAAGAUAUUUUUGUUUUAGGGACUAAAUUGGAAGGAAGACCAGUGAUAAGACUGAGCAUGAAUAGUGAAUAUUUAGAAGAAGAACAUAUACACAGAGCUUGGGAAAUAAUAGCAAGCUUAGCUUAA